AUGAAGCUAGUCGUACUUCGCUCUUUGCGUCACUUCCUUUGCUUCUCGGCUCAACGACCGGAAGAUGCUCCCACGAACACAGAAGCUCCUCGACUGAGACCCAGGAUAUCAUCCAUUCUACCGGAUACUCUUCCGAGAGCAAGCCUCCCUAUACAAAGACAACAUAGCGUGCAGUCCAAGGUCUCCGAUACUCCAAGCUGCACAUCCAGCACAAACACCGAGACAACGCUAUCAGAUGACGAAACCAGAGCAACAACAGUCUCACUCGUUACGGCUCCCUCCUCCCCCUCUCAACCCAAAACGCCUGCCAAGUCCGUCACAAGAUUGGACACUAUCACACCGUAUAUCUCCAUCCUGCAAGCAGAUGGCACCCUGCGGGCUCCACAGCUGACCUUCGACGGCUAUGGCUCCUUCGGGGGCCGGUUCGCACCGGAAUCUAUAAUGGGAUUCCUCUACGAGCUGACAUCAUUCUUCGAAGCCACCGUCUCCGACCCCUCCUUCUGGGAAGAAUAUGCCACCUUCCAGCGUGCCCCAACCCCACUACACCCAGCUUCCAAACUGACCUCCCUAGCCGGAGGCGCCACAAUCUGGCUAAAGCGCGAAGACCAAAACGAAUACGGGACUCACAAGUCCCGUAACAUCGUCGGCCAACUCCUCCUAGCAAGACGCAUGGGCCGCUCAGAGAUCGUCACCGAAUGCGCCUCUGCCAAACACGGUACCUUUACAUCUGCAAUGUGCGCACGUCUGGGACUGCGCUGUGUAGUCGUCAUGGGUGCAGAUGACGCUAAUUCCCAAGAGGAAGAUGUCCUUGAGAUGAAAAUGCUAGGCGCAAAGGUCUUGACUACUCGCACCCCUUCUGGCAUGGGUAGCCUACGCGCGGCCAUCACUGAGGCCCUGCGCUAUUCUGUUUGCAACCACGAGUCUGCAUACUACCUCAUGGGUAGCCCGGUGGGGCCCAGUCCUCUCCCUACCCUGAACCGCACGUUCCAAGCCCUCCUAGGCGAGGAGGUUGCAGCCCAGAUGCAGGAUGCAGGUUGCCGGCCUGAUGCCCUUGUCACCGCUGUUGGGAGUGGGAGUGGCGCAGUCGGGCUUUUCAGACCUUUUAUUCAGGAUGAGUCUGUCCGUCUGCUCGGUGUCGAGGCAGACCAGGCUGCUGCUUUGAGUAAGGGUGAGCUUGGUGUUCUUCAAGGCGCGCGCACUCUCCUGCUUCAGAGCCCUGAGGGACAGAUCCUGGACUCCCAUUCCAUUUCGCCAGAUAUGAAUAUUUCCACGGUGGGGCCUGAGAUUGCUCAUUGGAAGGAAUCUGGCCGUAUCGAAAUUUCCACGGCUACCGACACGGAGGCCCUGGAUGGAUUUGAAAUUCUUCGGCGCCACGAGGGCAUCCUCUCGGGCUUGGACUCAUGUCACGCGGUGUCAAGAACUCUUGCUCUUGCGAGUGAGCUUGGUCCUGGGAAAAAUGUGGUUCUGAUGGUGACGGGGUGUGAUAAUAUUGCCUUGCGUAGGCUCGAUGUUUGA